AUGGCUGCGGUCGCCGAUCCCACUGUGCGCAGGUUUAUUCGCUCUUCCUUGCGCGCCUCUCCUCGCUUGGCUAUCGAUGCGGGAGAGAGGAGGAAUCCCCGACCUGUAGGCCCCCACCCGCCCCCCGCGCCGCCGCCGACCGAUGAGGCUUCGUCUCGCUGCUGCGGUGGCGGUGACCGCGACGCUGGCCGUCCUCCUCGCUCCCGCCCGAGCAACCGGCUCCGCCUCCACCAUCGCCAUCGCCCACGGCACCGACAUCGUCUGCGGCAUCGUCGCCCGAACCUCCCCCCGGAGCGUCCAGUGCUCCCGGGCUGGCGUCGCCGACGCUCAACCCUUCCCCCUCCUGCCGAACAUCUCCUUCAGUUCCAUCUCCGGCGGCCGCAGCUCCCUCUGCGGCCUGAGUGCCGACGGAACCGCCUUUUUCUGCUGGAACGCCGCGAACUCCUCCUCUGGCACGCUCCCCAGGAAGCGCGUCUACAACGGCCCCGUUGCCCUCGAGGAACUCGCCGUCGGCGAAGCCCAGAUUGCGGCCGUCGACCGCAACCGCACGUUCGUCCAGUGGUGGCGCCAGUACAGGGGCUUCCCUCCCAAUGUCUCCGGCUCCUACAGUUCCGUCACCUCUGGUCGGGACUUCACCUGCGCCGUUAACGCUAGUGGCUCGGUCAACUGUUGGGGGCCGGGCAACCGCACGAUCCAGGACGCCUUUGCCAGCACCAACAUGUCGACCAUCGUCGCUGGGGACUCCCACGUCUGCGGUAUCGAUGUCGGCGGCAGCCUCAUUUGCGUUGGCAACAACGACACCGGCCAAGCGACCCCGCCCACGGGCUCCGCGUUCGAGUUCGGAAGCCUCGCGCUGGGUUCGAACCACACUUGCGCCAUCAGGCGAGCCAACGGCACGGUGGUCUGCUGGGGCGGGGGCACCGGCGGCGAGUACACGCCGACGAAUAGUACGCCGUUCGAGUUCAUCGUCGCCGCUGGCAAUCUCACCUGCGGCCUAACGACGGCGAACUUUACCGUGCUUUGUUGGGGGACGGACAGGAAAGACCCGGCGGUGACUAAGCUUCAGUUGCCGACGCUUCUUCCGGGGGUUUGCACUUCCAGUCAAAGCUCUUGUGGUUGCGGGCUGUUCGCCGAUUCCGAGACCCUGUGUUCGGGUUCUGGAGUUAUAUGCCAGCGAUGUGGUGUUGGAGUCGUGCAACCAAGCCCACGCCCGCCGUCACCGUCAUCGGCACCUUCGACGCCACCAUCGGCCACUUCAUCGACGAAAACUAACAAGAGGUGGCUGGCCUUCGCCAUCAUUGGGUCAGUCGGAACAUUUUCCGGCGUUUGCUCCAUCGUCUACUGCGUAUGGAUUGGUGUUUGCAAGCGCAAGAAGGUGCACAAUUCCGUUCAACCAACGAUUACGGCAGCUGGGAAUGGAGGAUCUCAUGCUGCUCAUUCGUCUGCUACGGGUGCCGGAUCGAUCGUCCCGAGCCCCUUUACGUCCCCUUCUGGGUCGCGGUCCCGAAUUUUCCGGCGACAAGGCUCGCGGGUCAUGCGGCGGCAGAGAAGCGGCCCGUCCUCGUUCAAGGACCGCGCCGAGGAGUUCAGCCUCUCGGAGCUUGCCGCCGCCACCAAAAAUUUCUCCUUGGAGACCAAAAUCGGGGCCGGGAGCUUCGGAACGGUGUACAAGGGGAAACUUCCCGAUGGGCGGGAGGUGGCGAUCAAGAGAAGCGAGACAGGGCCGAGGGCGAAGAAGUUCCAGGAAAAGGAGAGCGCUUUCCAAUCGGAGCUGGCUUUCCUCUCUCGGCUCCACCACAAACACUUGGUCGGCCUGGUGGGCUACUGCGAGGAGAAGGAAGAGAGGCUCCUUGUCUACGAUUACAUGAAGAACGGAGCUCUGUAUGACCAUCUACACCCUAAGAACGGCGAGGAAUCGAGCGUCUUGAAUUCAUGGAAGAUGCGAGUCAAGGUGCUGCUGGAUGCAGCGAGAGGGAUCGAGUAUCUCCACAACUAUGCGGUGCCCCCGAUCAUCCAUCGCGACAUCAAGUCCUCCAACAUAUUGCUCGACGGGAAUUGGGUCGCCCGGGUGUCGGACUUCGGGCUGUCGCUAAUGGGACCGGAGUCGGAGGGGGAGCAUCUGUCGGCGAGGGCGGCGGGAACGAUCGGGUACAUGGACCCCGAGUACUACGGGAUGCACCACCUGACGGUGAAGAGCGACGUUUACGGACUCGGAGUGGUGAUGCUCGAGGCGCUCACCGGAAAAAAUGCAAUCUUUAAGGACGAGGACGGGAAUCCGACCAGCGUCGUCGACUAUGCGGUGCCCUGCGUCGUGGCAGGCGAGGUCGGCAAGGUGCUCGACGCAAGAGUGGGGCAGCCAGGCUUGCACGAAGCCGAGGCGGUGGAGCUGGUGGCCUACACCGCCGUGCAUUGCGUCAACCUCGAGGGGAAGGAUCGACCAAGCAUGACCGACAUCGUCGCCAACCUCGAGAGCGCGCUCGCACUCUGCGAGGAGAGCCAUGGGAGCAUCUCCAGUGCAAGCAUGUCCUUUGCAUCGGCAGACUGAGGUGAUAUAUCGCACAUUGAUUGAUACCUUGUUCAUCGAUGUUUGUAAAUGGAUUCUUCCAACUUCUUUGCUCGGAAUCGUAGUCCAAUCUCAAUUAACAUUGAAA